GGAGCGCCCGCGCGCCGGAUCCCGCUUGCUCACACACCCUUCCCCGUUGCCUGCUGUUUUCGCGCCCCAAUUUCCCCCCCACCUCCCUCCUCUCCCUCUCUUUCUCCCUCUUCCUCCCUCCUCCUUCCGUUUCGCCUUGCGUGCUGCUCCUCACCCCUUCCGAGAAGAUGGACCGCAUUCGCCGCCUUGAGCGCCAGCGCCAGAUCGAGCAGGAGGACCGCGAGCGCCUCCGCUCCAAGCAGUCCCAGGAAUCCUCCAAGCUUGUCAAGAAUGACUUCACCUCAUCUAGCCCGGCCAGCUCCUCGUCCUCGGUCACCCCCCUCAAGGCCGUGGGGCUGGUGUCGCUGUCGGAGUACGAGCAGCGCGAGGCAGCCCUCGGGGACCGGCUGGCCGCCGAGGCGACCGCCAACGCCACCGGCACCCGCACCGGCACCCUGACCGGGCGGCUGGCCAAGCGGGCAGCCGAGCCCGGAGCCUCGGCCGGCGGCUCGCGGGGCGUGGCCAAGCGCCCGGCCAAGAAGGCCAAGCUCUCCUUCGACGAUGAUGAUGACGACGGCGGAGGGGAGGCGGUGCCGGUGCGGCGCGGCUCGCCGGCCGCCAGCGGCUCGGCCGGCGCCGCGACAACCCCCGACGAUGAUGCUGGCCAGACCGGCGCGGCCGCGCCGGCCGGUGGCCUUCGCCUCGGCAAGAACCCCAAUGUGGACACAUCCUUCCUGCCGGAUGCCGAGCGCGAGGCGGCCGAGCAGCGCGAGCGCGAGGAGCUGGCCGCCAAGUGGCGCCAGCAGCAGGAGGCCAUGAAGGCCGAGCCCAUUCAAAUUACAUACUCCUUCUGGGACGGGUCCGGGCACCGGGCAUCGGUGGAAGUGCGCAAGGGCGACUCGAUUGCCACCUUCCUGGACCGGGCGCGGCGGGAGUUCGACCAGCUGCGCGGGGUGCCGGUGGACAACCUCCUCUACAUCAAGGAGGAUCUCAUCAUCCCGCACCAUUACACCUUCUAUGACUUCAUCGUCAACCGGGCGCGUGGUAAGUCCGGGCCGCUCUUCCACUUUGAUGUGCGGGAGGAUGUGCGCCUGGCGGCCGACGCGCGCGUCGAGCGCGACGAGUCCCACGCCGGCAAGGUGUGCGAGCGCCGGUGGUACGAGCGCAACAAGCACAUCUUCCCGGCCAGCCGGUGGGAGGUGUACGACCCGGAGAAGGACUACGGCGCGUACACCAUCGGCGACCGGACCCGUGCCAACCAGUGAUGGCCGCCGGCGGGAGGGGGCCCUCUGCGUCUGCCUGCCCCGCCCCGAGCGGGGGAGGGGGGGGGGGGGAGG